CAAAACUGAGCCCGUCUAAUUGCGAGUGACCAAAACUUUUGCACAAGAGAAGGUGAUAUGAAUGAUUGUGAAGGCAGGGCAAGCCAGAAUAAGGCACCUUAAGCAAGCUAGUAACGGUACAAGGUUUAAGCAGGCUGGUGAUGAUGUAGUGGUUGGAGCUCCGCCCACAACGAAAGUUGCCCCUCUUUCAGAUCGGAUCAACGAUUGCACACGAGCGGGAGCUGGUACUGAUACUGAUGGGCACAAAAUGAUGCCGCGAGUUGCUAUUGCCGUGGGCUUCUUCCCUCUUGUGAGCUCGCUUGCGGUGCCUUGUGUCGUUUCGUGUCCAAAAGGAGGCGCCAACUUGUCAAGACGAUAUCUCUUUAGCGGCAAUUGGUUAACUGCUGCAGCUCUAGCAUGUAACUAGUAGCUUAUAGCAGCCGCGAGGAUGGCAAGAAUGACACGGGCUGGGUCAGAGCAUAGAGAGCAAUGCAAUGAUGUCGAUAGUUCUAAUAGACUUGGGUGAAAGUGGGCGAGACGUGUAGUAGCGUGCACAAGACCAAAUAGUACACGAGUGAC